UUUAAGAGUGGGACCGUGAGAGGCGCCUGUAAACAGGGAGCCGGGCGGGGAUGGUGCGCUGCUAGACCGGCUGUCAUCGUGAGUCAGGCGGGUUCUUGAAGCCCGGUCCCAGCCAAGAGUAGACUGCAGGCCCAGCAAGUGAAGGGAAAGAAGCAGCCAGGGGCCAGGAAAUUAAGGAUUGCCAUGGCAUUGUUUUGAGAAGCACUUCCUGUUGUCUUUACAAAGAUCUCACUGAAGAAUUAUCUCACAGGAACAUUUCCCUUCUGAUACCUUUGUGAAUGGCCAUUGUCAGCGAGCAAAUGCUUCUCCUGGCUGGGAAAACAUCAGCCACCCUUGUGCGUGGCCUGCUCCAGGCAGCCGAAUGAGGUUCCUUCCAGUUGUUCCCAGAACUCUAUUGCCCGUAAGAUCUCCGUUUGUUGGGUGACUGCUCAUGAGGCCCUUUCCUGAACCAGCUUAGCAGGCUUAUGUCUCCAGAGCCCACAGCAUGGAAGCUUUGGAAGUGGAUGAUAUCAGCCCAGCCUUGGAAGUUACUGAGGAUUUCUUUACUACGUUUGACAGUAAGCUAGACAAGGCCGUGCAGCAGGCAGAGGUGUAUGGGAUUCAGGAAGUCCCCGAACUGGUGGGGCACGAGGUACUCAGCAGCAUAACAGACAAUGGUGCUAUCAGAAACGUUGCUUCCCUGGGCGAGAGGGGCAUGGUUUGGGACCACUGCAAGACCAGGCUCUUAGAAACCAAAGCUCAAAAUGUCUUCCCUGCCAAAGAACAGUUUAUGGUCCAGAAGGGGACAGCCCCGGAUAAUCUUUCCUGGAUGGAACAAAAGGAAGCGUCGACCUUUAAUUUGUUCGACAUCUGUCAGCGUCGGAGGAACAGACCUCGUUCCGUGAAUGACUUACUGGAUGAGACCUCUACUUUUAAGCCAGGGCACGCACGAUCAAGGUCAGACGUGACCCAGGUGGACUGGAGGGUCAUCCUCAACACCACACCCUUGCAGCAGCUGCCGCAACAACCAUCUCUUCAGGGCCCUCACUUCCCCAGGUCGUCUCUGGUGUUGCCCUCACCGAACAAGAUAAAAGAUGCUCAAGGAAAUACUGAACACAAGCAGGCCUUCCCAAACAUUGUGAAGAAGGGUUACCUGGAGAUUAGGAAGGACCAUGACAGCUGCUGGCAAAGCUGUUACGCGGAACUCUCCCCUUACAACUUACAUUUCUACGGCCUCGACAGCAGCGGGAAUCAAAACCUCUGCGCCACAUACCUGCUGUCACACUUCCAGAGCAUAUCUGUGCUGGGCAACCUCGAGGCCAGGCUGGUGGACACUGUUCUGUAUGACAACACUCAGCUCCAGCUAAAGGCAGAGUCGCCAUGGGAGGCUUUGGACUGGGGGCAGAAGCUCUGGGAAGUUGUGCACGCCUCUGUGCCUGGUUACGUGGGACGGCAGGAUGAGCUGGCAAACUCACCAGGGCUUGGUUAUCAUUUUGACGGUACACAGAAUCAUUGUUUACAGAAGAAAUCCAGUGAGCUGUUCACGCGGUCCCCGGUCUCGGACAGCCCCAAACAGUACCAAAACAUUCUCAAGUCGGGGACGCUGUACAGGCUCACGGUCCAGAACAACUGGAAGGCAUUUACAUUCGUGCUGAGCAGGGCCUACCUUAUGGCUUUUCAGCCCGGCAAGCUAGACGAGGACCCCCUGCUGAGCUACAACGUGGACGUGUGUCUGGCUGUCCAGAUGGACAACCUGGACGACUGUGACUCUUGCUUUCAGGUCAUUUUCCCCCAAGAUGUCCUCCGCCUUCGUGCCGAGACCCGGCAGAGGGCUCAGGAAUGGAUGGAGGCUUUGAAAACAGCAGCCAAUGUGGCAAGGAGCUCAGAGCAAAAUCUGCAAGUCACACUGAGGAGUAAGCCCAAAGAUCAGAUGGGUGGGCAUGAGCUCAGGAAGAACAAACGUCAGUCCGUGACCACCAGCUUCCUCAGCAUUCUGACAACUUUGUCUUUGGAACGAGGGCUCACUGCUCAGAGUUUCAAGUGUGCAGGAUGCCAGCGGUCCAUAGGCCUUUCCAACGGCAAGGCCAAGGUGUGCAAUUACAGCGGCUGGUAUUACUGCGGCAGCUGCCACGUGGACGACAGCUUCCUCAUCCCAGCACGCGUAGUCCACAACUGGGACACUUCGAAAUACAAGGUGUCUAAGCAGGCCAAAGAGUUUCUGGAGUACGUGUAUGAAGAGCCCCUGAUUGACAUCCAGCAGGAAAACCCCAUGCUGUAUCUCCACUCGGAGCCCCUGGCCACCGUGGUGCGGCUGCGGCAGCGGCUGAAAUCUCUGCGAGCUUAUUUGUUCAGCUGCCGGGCAGCCGUGGCCGAGGAUCUGCGCCGCAGAAUUUUCCCCAGAGAAUACCUCCUCCAACAAAUCCACCUGUAUUCCCUCGCCGAUCUGCAGCAGGUAAUAGAGGGAAAGCUGGCUCCGUUCCUGGGCAAGGUCAUUAAAUUUGCCACCUCACACGUGUACAGCUGCAGUCUUUGCAGCCAGAAGGGGUUCAUCUGUGAAAUCUGCAACAAUGGGGAGAUCCUCUACCCUUUUGAGGAUAUUUCAACAAGCAGGUGUGAGAGCUGCGGAGCCGUUUUCCAUUCUGAGUGCAAAGAAAAGUCUGUCCCCUGCCCGCGGUGUGUCCGUCGGGAGCUGCAGAAGAAGCAGAAGUCUUUCUGGCAGAGGCUGAACAUGGACGAGAGCCUGGAGGAGGCUUGCAACAUGUUCGAGCUGUCCUACCAGAACACCUGACUGGGCAGGGGCCCAAGGCCAGAGAGUGACCUCGCAGUGACCCAUCAGCCCCAGGGGCGUCCUAGCUAGCCAGUUAGACCCCUCUGGAUGAAGAGUACGUCUCAUGUUCAGCUAGCUAUAGAUAUAUAUUUAUACACAUGUAUGCACACACACAUACCUAUCCGUAUGUUCUGUGUAAGUCGAUGUCUCAAAGGUCCACGGAGCCUCUGUGGCUCAAAAAACUACCAAUAACUGAUUACACAUAGCCAUGAAUUUCAGCUGCUUGCUCCCAAGCAAAAUGUGCUUUACACAUAAUGCUUUAUGGUUCAGACGUGUUUCUUUUUCGUUUUUGGCUCUCAGGGGCCAUUUUUUUAUUACAGAGGAGGAAGCAUUUCCAACAGAACAACAGUGCUUUGGGGGGGGGGCGGUUAUUUAUUUUUAGCCUUCAUAGCCCAGCCAGGUAACCGAGGCAAGCACCCAUCACCAUCUGUUUCCUACGAAAAUCUUCAAAACACAGGAACGACUCUGGGACCCUUCCAGGAUCCGGUGUCCCUGGCUCUCUCCCCGCAGCUUCCUCCCCAGGGAUCGCCUGAGCUGAGCCGAAAGGAUUGGCAAUCCAGAGUGCGAGCUCCCCCGACAGAAAGCAUGCACCCCUAAUUUAUAUCGGGAGAGAGAGUUCUGGUUUUGAAGUCCAUCUCGGAAAAGGUUUUUCUUAAGAAAAGAGAGCGAGACCGCUGGGACCAUUAAUUACUGCACGUUGUUGCUCUGUUUGCUGGUACGAAUCUCAGCUCCGCCAGCGAGGCGACGCUCCGCCCGUUUCCCAGGUUGCGAGCGAGGCCCCUGUGUGUGCCGCCGUUCCCGGGGCUCCCUGGGUGGUAUUUAUGAUAUUUUAAUGGUGCUGGCCUGAGGAAAUGUCCGAGGAUUGUCGUUAAAUACAUCCGUGUGUGGACUGGUGAAUACGUAGUGCAUGCGUUCCAAGAGACCGUCUUCAAUUUCUUUUCACAGAAUCCUGUGUAGGCAGUUCCUGCAGAGUCAUUGUAAAUGCUUUAUUUCCCAUUGUUCUUCAUUGAACUUUCAGCUUGACCUCUGUCAAUUUAGCCACUGCUACCGUCGUAUUUUUUAAUCAUUUAAAAAAAAAAAUCAGAAUAGCCUGGAACUUCAAAAUGCCAACAUUAGACUAUUAAGACAAUACCAAACUUACAAAAUAUAUUUAAUGAGUUAAAUCUAAUAUUGUUUAAAUAAAUAUACAUACACAUAGAUCAUUACCACCGUACAGUAAAACAAGAAGUGCUAAGAUAAUGUAGGAAGAAGAAAUACAACAGAUUGCUUGGCAGUCUGGCAGGGGAGUGCCCUCCACUGCAGCGCCCUGGCAGGAGCCGGCCUAGCGGUGGCUGUGGCAGAGACAGCGGGGACAGGGGCACCGGGGUGGCGCUGGGGACCACGGUUCCCCCUCCUCACCUCAACUCUUUCCAGACAAAAAAAUAAGCUCACAUUGAAACAACGGUACGUUUGACCCCAUUGCUCCUUCUCCCCACACCCUGCUCCCUCCAGAUCCCAAUUCAUUACCCUUCCACCCACCCAGAGACACGGCGUGUCAGACCGACUUUUGUGCAGACCAUCUGCUGUAAGCAUCGCGCCUCUCGAGCUGUGCCGGUUCCUUUGCCCCCGGAACGCAUGUUUCCACUCAAUAACUCCGCACCACGCAUGCAUUUGUUUUCUCAUCCUAUAGGAGCUGCGUCCGAGGCGCGGAGACUUGUUCGGAGGCAAGGGCCCCAUUCCCGAGAUGCCUUACGGUGCCUUUUACUCUUGGAAAAACAGGUUGACUCCCCAGCCCCCAAUCCCGCUCUAGUUAUAGAGAACAUAGCACACGAAAGUAAAGGGUGGAAAAUCUCAAGCACUUGGCAAAGAGGCACACAAAUUUGAUCAUCUCCUCUUUCCUACCCCCCUUCUGUGAAAUACAGCACUUAUAUUUUUCAGCCUCAAAGAAGAUAGCAGAACAAGAUCUUUCACUAGAGAAUUAUGGGCCUGCUUAUUACAAAACAGAUGUGCCCGAUGGCACAGUGCCUUUCCCCGCACCCCCGCUCCCUGUCACUGUAGCUCACUUCUGCCUUCGCGAUAAUUAAUGCAUCUGCAACUCCGACUGCCGGCGAGGCCGUGCCCGACGCAGUGCGUUUGGGCACCUGAGUGAGUGCACAGCCGUCUCCUGCCCUCCUAGCACGCUUGCUCCGUGUGCUGAAUUUCCUGUCCCAUCUCAUGGCCCCCAGGGUCAGACCCACCAUGCGUCAGGGGGACAUUUUGGGUCCCAGUUCUAAAGGCCCUUGUUGUCCCCAGGGCCCGUUCAGAGGGCCCUGCUAAAUAUCCACAGUCCCUGUGAACUUCUGCUGCGAGCUCUCCAGCAGCAUCAUUUUCUGCUUAUUUUCUAAAGGGAAGAAAAUAGAUGUGCCAUCACCGUCAGCUACCCAGAGCUGGCGCUGUAUCCCAGCGGCCUCUGUGCUCUCGUGUCCGUGCGUCUCUGGCAGCCUGGCCGCGUCCAGGGGAGGCCCGUGCUGCACUCGCGGUGGCUGCCACCCAAACCCGACCCGACAGCACAGCCGGCGUGAGCGGGGUCUGCCGUGAAAACUCAGAAUUGCUGUUUUCAGCCCAGAAUGCCUGAGAGCCCAUGAAGGCCCUUACUGUUUUCAACUCUAACCAAUUACUUGGUGUAUGGUUAGGUAAUUGUUCCACUGCUUAGAAACUGUGGAAACAAAGGCAAAUCUGUGGAUUACCACCUCUGUAAGACCAAGCUAAUACCCGCUUUCCCUCACGUUCUGUUUUUCAUCCCAUAUUAAAUAUCUUGUGCCUAAAGCACAUGAGAAAAUGGCCAAUUAAUCUCCUAGAGCUGGCAGCCGACCCAGGAGAACCUCUUUUCCCUUGAAAGGCCCAUAUCACUUGAGGAACUCCCUCCUCUGAGCGCCAGAAACUCCUGUGUGAGACAGUCCGACCCUGGCAAAGCGCUGGCACCUCACCCUGCAGUAAAGCAGCCAGUUCCUAAAAUAGACCUCAGUUUGCACCGCUGCAGGAAGGCCACAAAGUACUUAAAAAGCAGUCAACUGGAAUGCGACUUGUGUUCUCUCCAGGGCCGCUUUUUCCCAAUUUUGAAAGCCUCUUUAUAUGAAAACCAUGUAAACGCCUGUCUUCCCCUCUUUGCUUCACUGAGCCUUUUCAGGGGCCUGCAUUAUAGUCGUUUUCAUGUGUGUAGUGCUAAAGGUAAUCUUUUUAGGAGCUGUAAUACUUGAUUAGCUGAGGAGGUAAUACUCUUUGAUUGUUCUAGACCGGGCCUGCACCGAAAAGGGACCACUGCGAGCUCUUGGGACCCGUGGCUCCCAGCGCACUCAGUGGUGCCUUUUCAGGCUCCUGCGAAGGGACGAAGGGACAAAGGGACGAUGCGUGACUUCCUCCCGCCGCACUGAGAAUGGAGGCGUUUACAUCUCCAGCUGUCGUGAGCAGCCUUCGCUGAGCUGGGGGCAGGCCCCUCGGACACGGCCAGGCCUCUGUUUUCGUCUCUGCGCAUGUGCACGCUGAACGCGGACAGGGAGGGUGUCUUCCCAGGCCUUCUCUAAAAGGCUUGGCUUCCAAACCUGUGGGUUUGUGUGGGCAGAAGAGGCCUUGUAUGAAAUACUGUAUCAGGUUGGGCACUGUGUGAUGCCACCCCGAACACUUUCUGCAAAGAGAGUGUUCUCGGACAAAGCCACGGUCGUCCUGCUCCUGAUGUAGGGUGAAGCUGCUGCUGCCGCUGGCGUGUCUGGGCUGCUGUACUAUUGAAAUAACUUGAUCAUGAAGUGAACCUUCAACUCCUGAUGCUAAUGCUGCCUGGAGUCACCGCGAAGGCUAUUUUAUAUUUUUACUUCUCCCAGGAGAGAUAGAUGCAUGCAAUUUUCUCCUUUAUUUCUUGGGUUUUCUGUCUCACUACUUUUCUUACUCUAAGAUAAUGUGAAAAAGUAGAGAAUUUGGGGAAAGACGGAAAGAAGUGAACACCUCCCUCCUUGGCCCAGAGCUGCGUGUUUCAAAGUCCUCUGGUUUUCUGUCCUGGGUACUUGUGCACAGCUGGGCAGUAGGAGCGCCGUGUGUUGUGCACCUGAUACUACUCUUCUCCCCCUGAGCCCAGCGGAAACAACCGCUCCGGGCUGAACCCAGAGCUGAGUGAAUACUCAGACAGUGCCAUCGACCCGAGCAGAUGGCUGCUGGUUUCUGUCACGUGGGACAGCGCAAGGUUGGGCCCAGCACCCGGCAGGCAGCCUUACUGGUCACAAUGCUACUUGCAUUGUAUUCAAAAAUCUCUAACUUGAGGGGCUCUCAGCAGUGUGUUUUGGUGGGGUGCAGGGUGUUUUGGUGAGUUUUUACCUUAGCAGGUAGAAUCCGAAUCCUUGUGAAACUCUAGGUGAAAGUCGAAAGCAAUGCGUGGGCUGCCCUCCUUGGCACACCUGCAGUUGUCGGGCUCUCUGUGAAAUGGGUUCCAGAUGAUCACAUCCCGUGGCACGGCAGUGCUCACAGGCGGCCCCCGGUGUGAUGGGAGGCACUGUUAAACUCCCGCUCGACUGAGUGAAGAGACAACUGCAGUUCUGCCGUGGUUCCUCCUCGUGGAAAGAGAAGCCAUCUUGUUUGAAAGGUCUGGAGUGAAGCCAGUUGUUGUAGGUAGAAGAUGCAAGUGUCCCAGCAACUCGGCCCAGUGAAGCUUUCCUCCUACUGACCGUAGAGCUGCAGACCAGCCUCCCUUCCUCCCCUUCCCUUGACCUUCCUUGCCCCUAGACCUGGGCCCUGGCCCAGAUUCAGGCCUCAUAGCUAGCACCCUGGCUAGUGGACCGCUGGGGCCCGAGGCUCCUUCUCCACACUGGCCAGCCCGUUAGUUUCUUUCCCCCGUAGGAGUGCCUUAUAGUACUGCUUAGUGCUUCUCGCCUAGUCUCUCCGACCCACCUGAAGCUGCAGGCCUCUCCGCCUAGACAUGAAUCACUUUGUUUCUUCCCCCGCCAGUUCCUCUCCAUACAGGUCCCUCAGAGCCUGCAUAUUCCAUACGCAUGUCGGACCUUCCACCUUCGCUCAACCCGGUGCCUUAAGCUCACGAGUGAAAGGGGUUCCUGCAGGAAGCGCAUAGUUGAAGAAGAGGGGCAGGAACACCGGCUUCUUAGCUCCGCCGACACUUUUACCAGGAAAUACAGAAGAUACAGACUGAGUAAUGUUUUCACAUUGUUUUAUGCUGUUUUGCAAAUCUUUCUGUUUGCUUGACUGCUUGCUCUCAUUAACCAAACUCAGGGGAACGCCAUGAUGUCAGCAAGGCCAAUGGGCAGAGAAAUUAAACCAGUUAUCCAGUCUUGCAUCUGUAAAGUCCAUGAACUCAGCCUUUUUCAGGUUAAGAAAUUACAUAAUAAACAUAAAAGGAUUUUUUUCUUUA